CCAGUAAAUGUCAACAGAGAUUGGAACUUAGGGGAUUUUUAUCCGUGAGAAACUUUCUUUUCUGAGAGAAACGUGGUGUAUUAGAUAAUUAAACAGGUUCAUUAAUUUUCCAGAGAUGUCUAGGAUUAAACUUGAAGGCAGAGAUGUGUACCCUGCGAAGAGUGAGGGGGGUAUUGUUGACGUUUUCUGCGAUAAACCAUUCCUUUUAGCAAAAGCAAGGUGGGUUGGGGACGAGGAGGUGUCAGUCUGCAUUGGCUGCGACAACAAAUUCAAUCAGCUGCGACGGAAGCACCACUGCCGGCAAUGCGGACGGGUCCUGUGUGCCAAGUGCUGCAAGGAGAAGGUCCCCCUUCCCCAUCUGGGCUUGGAGGAGCCGGAAAGGGUGUGCGACCUGUGCCUGCCGAUUACAGAACUCAUCACCAAAGCCCGCUCCAAGAUGACGGCAUUUCAGAUAGAAGCGGCGAAUGGAAUCUCCAAAGGCGUCCAAGAUCCACAGACCAUCAUCCCGAUGGUAGAGUUGGGCGGUCUGCAGACCUUGAUCUACCUGACAAGGGUCAACUCCAGCGACCAAGUCAAGAGGGCCUGUGCCUCGGGCCUGCACACACUGGCCACACAUCAGCCAUUACUGCCAGUGUUGGCUGAGGCGGGGGCCAUCCGGGCUCUCUGCAGCGUUUUGACCAACGUCUUGGAAUCACAAGAGAGAUUGAUCGUCGAUGGACUCAGUGCCUUGAUGUUAUUCUGCAAAAAUUCUGACCUUAAAGCCCGAGCAAUCCACGAUGGUGCAUUGCAGCCAGUACUUCAUCUGUGCGGCAUGACAUCAUCCAGCGCCAUCGCCCUAUUGGCUGUGAAGACACUUAACCUCAUCACGGAAGACACAAAAAGCCACCAAGCCAUCAUUGAGAGCAACCACGGCGCACUCAGCAAGCUUCUGGCCCUCACAAUGUCAACGGAUGAACAGAUGCAAGAGGGAUCGUUGAAGACACUGGCCAAGCUGUCCAUGGGAACAGACUGGCACAGACAUAAGAUCAUACAGGAAGAUUUUACAAGCGGGAAGAUGAUCCUGCGCUCUCUCAAGAACAGACCGAGGAACAUCCAGGUCUUGUGUAACGUCCUAUGUCUGGUCGGCAACCUGGCAACUUGUGAACAAGAUCAGGCCUCCUUGAUGGAGUAUAUGGACUGCGUUUGCCGCCUGAUGGUGGAGUUUAAGGAGAAGAAUGAGUUGAUGCUGCAUGCAGCCAGAGCAAUCGCCAACUUUGCCAAAUGCCAACAGAAUGCCUACCGACUCGGUCAACACACAGCUGACAUUGUUGCCAUCUGCAUGAAAUCCAAUGUGCCUGAAAUUCAUUACCAUGGAUUACGAGCCGUCUUCUAUUUACUGAAACACUCCACGGCUAUCACGACCAUGGACCUGAUGAAGGAUGGGGCAACAGAAGUCUUCACUGCCCUCGCCAGCACGCCGGGCGCCAUUGAGAAUAUCCAGCAGAAUCUACUGCAUCACGUUCUGGAGAUUGCCGGUCCAUGAAGUGAAAUGUCCUCUCAGUGGUAUUCUCGAGACACCACCAUCCCCAGUGUCAUUGAGAGGGAUCCCUCCACAAAGUGUCCGUCGCACCACGAAGUGAUGCACACCGCAGUUUCAUUGUGUCACAAAGUUACAUUAUUGUGCAUAUAAUUUGUUCACAAGAUGUAUUAGCACACUGUGUGGCUACUGUGAGCAGUAUGUCGCUUGGUGGUGCGACCGAUGAAGUGUAAAAAACAUCUGACAAGAUUUGGUUGUUUGACUGUUGGAUGCAACUUGGCCACUUAAACUUUAAGAAAAAAGUUGGAACAAAUGAGCCACAUUCUGAGUGAUUGCAGUUAAAGUUUGAAUAAAUAAAGGAAAACAAGUUGUAGAAAAUCUUUAUGCCGAACAUUUUUACAGACCAACUGGUGCUGCAUUGAAUGCUGCCAUCACUUGACCACUGCAGCCAAACUGUCUUGGAACAGGAACAAGACAGCGUCAGACUUACAUGAUAGUUAUGUAGCAAAAAAUGACUUUUUAGGUUGUUAAUAAUUUGGAUACUGGACAUUUCCAAUUGUGCCAAUCAUUACAUCAAUUUUACAAGCUGAUCCAACUGUUGAAAUGAGAUUUCACAAACUGCUCAAAACAAGGUUCACUGAUGUGACCUUUCGACACGACAACUCUGUGUGUUUAUCAAACUGGUGGUGCGAUUGAUCCUGGCUGUCACAUGACCUUGUUGGCUUUUGAUCAUGUAGCAGAAUAAUGAACCGGUACACUGGCGGACCAACUGCAUUGUUUAAUCUACUUAAAUUUCCAAACAUUCACUUUCCAGUGUUUUCACAUUUUUGCAAUUGAUUUUUUUUUACACUGAAUUCAUUUUAUUCUCUGCUAAAAUUUUAAUGCCGAUCAUCUUUGAUAAAACCGUCCCUGUGAUCAAAGCUGCAUCUUUCUGUAAACCGUUUUGUCCACUGUUGUGUUUGUAGCUACUGCCUAUCUGUAUCUAUGCAUGAAACUGUUUGUUCAGACUUCAAGCAAAGGGAGGUUUUGAAUGAAACACUACUGGAUGCUUCAUUUUAGGUAACUCGAUUUGAUUUUCGGCUUUUCGGCAAGUUGCAGAAAAGCUGUCAUUCCUGUCGGGAUUUUUUAUUUUUUCUUAUCUUUCUCUCAGAAAUCUCAUAGUCCUUGUACAUGCAGAAUUUCCACUGAUUUGAAAUAUUCAGUCUUUUAAAAAUUUUUCCAGUGAUUUGUGGGGAAAACAAUCCCAGGGUACAAUUUUCUGAGACUGCUGGAAAUCACCAAUGUAUCUCUGUUUCUGCAGGUUAUUUUGCAACAUAAAUAUUCAUCACCUGAAAAUAGCAUGUGUUGCCAAGACUCUAUACACUGUAGUUAGACUUUCUUAUUUACUUGUCCAUGUAUGAAAUAUACAUGAGUAAAAUUGAUAUUUCUAGAGUUCAAUCGCUUUGAUAAAAUCAGAGUGAUUUUUUAAAAAAAUCUUUAAUGCUCAUAAUGGUAUAUAUAUUUUUGUAAUUCAAGAGUCUUGAUGGACAGUGAAAAAAAUGCCUUGUCAAUUUUCGAAUCAGCAUUUAUGUAUAAAGACAUAAAAAAAUGAAGAACAUGGAAUACCAACUUCGGCUUUGAUGCUGACACUGUUUUUACUUUGGAAAUGUUUAUAGAUAGAUGUUGAAGUGUCACGUGUUUUCCUUGCCGGUCAAAUUGAUUUGUUUCUUUCAGCUGGUGUGACUGCUGUUUGUUUAUAAAGAAUGUUUUUAAAAAGUUGUUGAUUAUUGUCUAUUUUUGUUAUUGGAAUUGACUGUUUAAAGUUUAAAGUCUGGUGUUAAAAUGCAUCGUGGUGUUGGCAUUUCCAUUGUUUUGAAGUCUUGAUAUUUCUGCAGAAUUUAAAGAAUACUUUAGGAAUUUACACAUUGGAUUUAUUUUGCCUUUGCGUUAAUUUCUACUGUUGAAAAUAGAGAAAUUCUUCACCAGUCAGCUAAACUGCCUUGUAUAUUUCUGAUUCUGGUAAGCAAUAAAACAGUGUAUGCUUUCAUCUUGUGGUUAAA